AUGGCCUCCGAUGAAGGGGCCGCGCCGGCUCGCGAUGUCAAGAACCACCUCCUCUUCGAGAUUGCCACCGAGGUCGCCCAUCGAGUCGGCGGCAUCUACUCCGUCAUCAAGUCCAAGGCGCCCGUCACAACUGCCGAGUAUGGCGACCGCUAUACCCUCAUCGGCCCGCUGAACCACCAAUCGGCUGCGGUCGAGGUGGAGGAGAUGGAGCCAACCAACCCGGAGAUUGCUGCCGCCAUGCAGUCCAUGAAGGAUCGCGGCAUCGGCAUGCUCUACGGCCGCUGGCUGAUCGAGGGCGCCCCGAGGGUGCUCCUCAUCGACACCAAGACGGCUUACGGCUACAUGAACGAGUGGAAGGGCGACCUGUGGAACAUUGCCAGCAUCCCCUCGCCGCCCGGCGACGACGAGACCAACGAGGCCAUCGUCUUUGGGUACCUGGUCGCCUGGUUCCUGGGAGAGUUUGUGGUGCACGAGAAGAAGAGGGCCGUCAUUGCCCACUUCCACGAGUGGCUGGCCGGUGUCGGUCUGCCGCUCUGCAAGAAGCGGCGCAUCGACGUCACCACCAUCUUCACGACGCAUGCCACGCUCCUCGGCCGCUACCUGUGCGCCGGCUCCGUCGACUUUUACAACAACCUGCAGUACUUUGACGUCGACGCCGAGGCGGGCAAGCGCGGCAUCUACCACCGGUACUGCAUCGAGCGCGCGGCGGCGCAUUCGUGCGACGUCUUCACGACCGUCUCCCACAUCACCGCCUUCGAGUCGGAGCAUCUGCUCAAGCGCAAGCCCGACGGCGUCCUGCCCAACGGCCUCAACGUCACCAAGUUCUCGGCCGUCCACGAGUUCCAGAACCUGCACCAGCAGGCCAAGGAAAAGAUCCACGACUUUGUGCGCGGGCAUUUCUACGGCCACUACGACUUUGACCCGGAAAACACGCUCUUCCUGUUCACGGCGGGCCGCUACGAGUUCCGGAAUAAGGGUGUCGACAUGUUCAUCGAGUCGCUCGCCCGCCUCAACCACCGCCUCAAGAACGCCAACAGCAAGGUGACGGUCGUGGCGUUUGUCAUCAUGCCCGCGCAGACGACGUCGCUCACGGUCGAGGCGCUCAAGGGCCAGGCCGUCAUCAAGUCUCUGCGGGACACGACGCACGUCAUCGAGCAGAGCAUCGGCCGCCGGCUGUUUGAGCGGUCCCUCAAGUGGCACGAGGGUGACCCGAUGCCCGAUGAGAAGGAGCUCAUCUCCGGACAGGACCGCGUGCUGCUGCGCCGCCGGCUCUUCGCCAUGAAGCGCAGCGGCCUGCCGCCGAUUGUCACGCACAACAUGGUCAACGACCACGAGGACCCGGUCCUGAACCAGAUCCGCCGGGUGCAGCUUUUCAACCACCCCACGGACCGCGUCAAGAUCAUCUUCCACCCCGAGUUCCUCAACUCGGCCAACCCGGUGCUGCCGCUCGACUACGACGACUUUGUGCGCGGCUGCCACCUGGGCGUCUUCGCGUCGUACUACGAGCCGUGGGGGUACACGCCGGCCGAGUGCACCGUUAUGGGCGUGCCGAGCAUCACGACCAACCUGUCUGGGUUCGGCUGCUACAUGGAGGAGCUGAUCGAGAACUCGAGCGACUACGGCAUCUACAUUGUCGACAGGCGGACCAAGGGCGUCGACGACUCGGUGAACCAGCUGACGUCGUACAUGUACGACUUUUGCGGCAAGAGCCGUCGCCAGCGCAUCAACCAGCGAAACCGAACCGAGCGGCUCAGCGACCUGCUCGACUGGAAGCGCAUGGGCAUGGAGUACGUCAAGGCGCGCCAGCUGGCGCUGCGGCGGGCGUACCCGGGGUCGUUCAGCGGCGUCGAGGAGGACGAGGACGACUACAUCCCCGGCGUGGAGCAAAAGAUUUCGCGGCCGUUCUCGGUGCCGGGCUCGCCGAGAGACCGGACGGGCAUGAUGACGCCGGGCGACUUUGCCAGUCUGCAGGAGGGUCGCGAGGGGUUGAGCACCGAGGACUACGUGGCGUGGAAGCUACCUGACGAGGAGGAUCCCGACGAGUACCCCUUCCCGCUGACGCUGCGGUCGAAGCAAGCGCCGGCCGAGACGGCAGCCGUCGAGGCCACGCUGAACGGGAGCUGA